AUGGACACCAACGAAGACGGCCCAGGGCCCGCCAUGCCCGAGUUGACGGUCGAGCCCAUGAACGCAGCCACCGCCACGAUGACAGCUGAAGCGCAUACCAUGCCCUCCCCCGAAGGCAGCAGCACUCCAACCAGCACCAGCAGCACCAGCAGCAGCGGUAUCACCAGCGACGCGGUGGCCUUGCGCCAUAUCCGCCGCCACGGCAACGCCAACAGCGGCACAGCUCGCCCCACCCGCCGCACCGCCGCCGCUGCCACGACGACCCGCAACGCCGCCCGCAACAGCACCAGCGCAAUCACCACAUCGCGUGCCACCGCUGUUCUUCGUGCAACCCUGCAGGUGGAGGUGCACCCCCGACGCAGCGUCACGUCCGAAGCGCUCAGGGCCAAACUCGACGGCCUCAUACGCCAGGGCGGUCGCGCUGCUGUCCUCACCAGGGGCGACUUCUUCUUGCCUGCUGGCAACGCAGCCGUCGUCACGCCAGGAUACAUGCACCGCAGCACGCCAAGGCCAACACGCCCGUCGCCGCUUCGCCAGGAGCAGAGCGCCGUUGUCGCUGAUCGUGCCGCUGUUCGUGCUGGCGGUGACCGGGACCGUGAGGUUGACGGUGUUGCUCAGCGCAUGCAGGGCGUCACCAUCACCCGCCAGCAGUGA